AUGGGGCAGGUCCAUCAAUGGGGAAAACCCCAUGGGAGAGCACGCCUUUUGUGUACAUUCCCAAUAUUUGCUAUAAGUAGUGCCAUCUAAGUCCCAGGUUGCUAUCAGAACACCACAACACCCCAGGGAACUGGGUACCCAGCACUGAGCACUUCUAUUCUUUGAGCUGAAAAAGAUGGGCUACAGCAAGAGUUUGCUCCUGGCUGCUUUGAUGUCAGUGCUGCUGUUCCACCUCUGCAGCAAGACAGAAGCAGCAAGCGCCUUCGAUUGCUGCCUUCGAUAUACAGAACAAGCCAUUCCCAGCAAAUUUAUCAAGGGCUUCACACAGCAGCUGGCCAACGAUGCUUGUGACAUCAAUGCAGUCAUCCUUCACACAAAGAAAGGGUUGGCUGUGUGUGCAGAUCCAAAGAAGAAAUGGGUGAAACAUGUUGUGCACGUCCUCAGCCAAAGAGUCAAGAAGAUGUAAAAACAGAUGCUCUUUGGAAUGAAAUUGGAUACAGCCCAAAAACAAAAAGAACCUCCCUGGAGUUGGUGGUUUCACUUGCACAUCGUUGAGGGUUUAGCAGUUAUCUGAUUUGUGUCAUUGGACUUAUCCAGUUAAUGAAGUUGAUACAUAUUGCAUCGUUCUUUACUUUGUUAAACAUUGCAUUACAGCCAAACUAGUUCAUGUUAAGUUAUUUAUAUAUGUGGGCCUUUUGUGUGUAUGUCUUACUAUUUAAUAAUAAUUUUUCAUAAACUACUUAUUUUAGUACGAGGUAUAAAAUUAUGCUUGGAGGAAUAAGAUUAU